GGUAGGGGUGUUCUUUGAUUCACGACAUCCAAUGCGCUCGCUCUCCAACGUAAACCAACGAUGGCCGCAAUAAAUCAAGGCUGUUGCACACUAAAGUCCGGAUGAGGCGCUGUGUUAAAUUUGAAUGUGCUGUUUCAUUCAAGUCUGAUCACUUUCGCUUUUGUUAAAGUGCGAGGGCCAGUCGAGGAGACACAGAAAUCGGCUUUUCUUUACAGGUAAAGUGCUUGGAAGAUGAGCUACGAUCGUGCAAUCACAGUGUUCUCACCUGAUGGCCACUUAUUCCAGGUGGAAUACGCACAGGAGGCGGUCAAAAAAGGUUCAACCGCUGUUGGAGUGCGAGGAAAAAACGUCGUUGUGCUAGGAGUGGAGAAGAAAACUGUCGCCAAGCUCCAAGAUGACAGAACAGUGCGCAAAAUCUGUGCCUUGGAUGACAACGUCUUCAUGGCCUUUGCAGGGUUGACGGCAGAUGCCAGGGUCGUUGUUAACAGGGCUCGGGUGGAGUGUCAGAGUCACAGGCUUACUGUGGAAGACCCUGUGACUGUGGAGUACAUCACACGCUUCAUUUCCUGCAUCAAACAGCGCUACACCCAAAGCAAUGGGCGAAGGCCCUUUGGCAUCUCCUCCCUCAUUGUGGGGUUUGAUUUCGAUGGAACACCCCAUCUGUACCAAACUGACCCUUCAGGAACAUAUCAUGCUUGGAAGGCAAAUGCCAUUGGAAGAUCUGCCAAGACUGUACGUGAGUUUCUAGAGAAGAACUAUAAAGAGGAGCAUAUGGAAUCCGAUACAGACACCAUUAAACUGGCCAUCAGAGCUCUACUUGAGGUUGUCCAGUCAGGUGGAAAGAACAUUGAGCUGGCCAUUAUGAAGCGGGAUGAAACAAUGAAGAUUCUGGUCCAAGAGGAAAUUGAGGAAUAUGUCACGGCUAUUGAAAAGGAAAAGGAGGAAGCAGAGAAACAAAAGAAGAAAACAUAAACACUCUCGGAUUGAAGUCAUGACCAAACAUGCCUCAUCCAUCUUCAAUAUUGCAUCAGGAUUCUCAUUGUUUACAUUAAUUAGCUCAUCGUUUCUCUAUCCAAUGCUGGAGGGACUCCUAAGGAGUGCAUAUUUUUGUUCUGGCACACUUCUUUUGACUAGUCACCAGGCUCUUGUUUGGCUGAAUCAGGUAGGCUAUGGUAGUGCUGGGAGAGACUCGUCUGGUUUCCGAGACUAGUGUUGGGCUAAAACAAAACUACUCCCAUCCUGGGAGUCCCAAUUAAAUGGAUUGAGAAACACUGCUGCCCUAAUCGACCAUAUGAAAACUUAAGACUUUGCCUUAUUCUUGCAAUGAAUAAAUAUCUGUAUUUAAACUACAA